AUGGUCAAAAUCGCUGCCUUCACUGCCAUCGCGACUACCGCCGCUGUCGCCGCCAAGAGCGUCACCCAAGUGCACUUGGCCCUGACCAAUCGCGCGAUUGAAUGUGCGCACGGCGUGUCGGUGAAUUUUGCCAGCGACUCCCAGGAUCCGUUCACGGUUACGUUCAAUUCCACUGAGGGCAACCAAAAGAAGGUGGAUACGGUCAGUUCCAAGUAUUCAGUGACCAACACCGCCUCCAUCUACACGUCGCCCUUUUUGCACUCGGCCAACUUGUGCAACUUGAACGCCGCGACCACGUACUCGUACAAUGUGGGCGGCUUGUUUUCGUCAACGUUUGUGUCGCCCCCAGGCUCCAGCGCCACCCCUACCGUGAUUGGCCUUGUGGGGGAUGCCGACUUGGAGGAGGGGUCGUUCGCCAACUUGCAGCAGCCCGUGCAAAACUUGACCACGCAAGCGAUUUUGAUCGUGGGGGACUACUCGUACGCCAACGGAAACCACAAGAAGUGGGAUAAAUGGUACGACUUGCAGCAGCCCAUAUUUUCCAAGAUGGCCCAAGCCGGGGUGAACGGCAACCACGAAGUCAUUCAAGGCAGCAAAGGCUACGCCAAGGAAUACUACCUCGGGUACCUAAACCGCGCGGCCACCCCCAUCACGCCAGACAACGCCAAGAACUUCCGCACGUACUACUCGAUCAACUUUGGCCUCGUCCACCUGGUCUUCCUCGACGACUACGUCGGCGCGCGCUUUCGAAUCGGCUCGACCGAGUGGCGCGGGGAGCGCCAAGCCCAAGUCGACUGGCUAACGACAGAUUUAGCCCAAGUGGACCGCACGAGCACACCGUAUGUCGUCGUGCUCAAGCACAACCCGUACUACAACACGUACUCGGACCAUCAAUGCCAGUGCUCGCCAACGAUCUACGCCAUUGACAACAAGGAAGCGUGUUGGAACGGAAUCUACACCGUCGCGACCGCCAAAAGGGAACCGCAAUGCGGCCUCCAGGCCAAACUUGAAGACAUUUACGCUGCCAACAAGGUCGACGUCGUCUUCUCAGGCCAUGUCCACGGCUACGAACGGUCCGACUAUGUCUACCAAAACAAGGUCAACAAGGACGUGGGCUCGGUGUACAUCACGACGGGCGCGGGCGGUCGCGGUCACGCCCACACUCAAGUCCUGAACGUUCCGUCGUGGCAUGUGUACAACAAUCCGUCGGAAUUCGGCGCAUCGCGGCUCAUCGCCACGCGUGAAAAGAUGCAAGUGCUGUGGCAUACCAACACUGACACGACCAAGGCGGCGGACGCGGUGGACAUUUACCCGCGUUUGAAUGCUGCUUGCAUAACCAAGGGAUAA